AUGAUUGCAUUAUUAAUCGGAAUGCCAUANAAAUAAAAAAAGAUAGAAUUCAAUAUUAAGAUUGCUGAAAAUUUGAAUGGUAAGCUUGUUUAAAAUGAUAAAUAAAGGAUUAUAUAAUUAUUAGUCAAUAUUUUAAAUAAUGCCUUAAAAUUUACAUAAGAAGGAGGUUGUAUUAGUUUAAAAAUUACAGAAGGUGAUCUCUUUAGCAUUAUUUUUAAAGUUAAAGAUAAUGGAAUUGGCAUAGAAGAACCAAAAUUAAGUUAAAUUUAAAAUAGUAUACAUGAUACUAUUGAAUUUGGAGCUGUAUUGAAAUCACAUUAAGGAACAAGAUAAUAAGGAUUAGGGUUAAAUAUAGCAGCAAAAUUAGUUUAAGGUUUAAUAGAAUCUUAGGAUAAUCAAUUAAUUAUAAGUUCCAGAAAAAACUAAGGAACUGUAGUUUAAUUUAAAGUUUAAAAUCUAUUAUAAAAUAAUUUAUUAUAAACUCAUUUAUUCACUUUAUAAAGUGGAAAAUUUAAUCAAUCAGUUGAUUAAUUUGAAUUAAAAGAACCUAAAAUUGAUGAUAGCAAAUUAAUCAAAUCAGAUAAUUCUAGAAUUGAAAUUGAUAGAGAAGACUAAGAUUAAAAUUCAGAGACUUAUAAAAACACAUCUAGAUUAAAUGAUGUAGAAAAAUAACCUGAAAUCUUUUUGCCUAUAAGUCCUGAAUAUUUUUCUGAUAAAUUUAUAGAUUUUAACUAACAUCUACUAAAGUAAAAAGAUUCAUUUUUCUUAAAAAGAUAUGGUUCUAUCUGUCAAAAAUGUUGUCAUGUAUUAAUUGUUGAUGAUAUUCCAUUUAAUCAAAUUGCAUUAAAAAUGAUACUAAAUAAUCAUCAAAUUGAAGCUGAUUAAGCAUUUGAUGGAUUUUAAGCAAUUGAAAAAGUAAAAUAAAAGAUGUUAUAACAUUGUUCAACAUAUAAAUUAAUUUUUAUGGAUAUUGAAAUGCCAGGAAUAGAUGGCUUUUAAACUAGUAAAUAAGUAAAAAUAUAUAUCAUUAUUAGAUCCUUGAAUUGGUUUCUAAUAAGUAAAUUAUAGUAAUUUGUUCAGCAUAUGACACUUAAGAAAAUCUUAUAUAAGGUCAAAAGUUGGGAAUUACUACUUUUCUUCAAAAACCUGUAAAAAAAGAUGAUUUAGAGGUAGUCUUAAAAAAAGUGUUUCAAAAUGAAACAAAUUGCACUUGA